AUGCUGAAAACGAAACUUUUUUUCACUCUUUUAAAUCUUGUGAAUACUUCAUAUCUCUCGCAAAAGCUCGAUGUCAACUACGAUAAACGACUCAGUCCAUACUAUUUAAAUCGGAAUGCGGUGAAUGUGUCACUUUCGAUCCCUUAUUUAUUAUUGAUUGAUGUUGUUGAAGAUGCUCAACUCGUUUCCUGGCUUGUCACUUUUACAAUUACAUGGAGAGAUGAUCGUUUAAAAUAUAAUCCCGCUCAAAAUGGGGGUGAGACAAAAAUGUUUGUGCCGAAUACAGAAGUGUGGACGCCGAGAUUCAUUGUCUACAACAGCAUUGAACACCGGAAAUUGAUCGAAGAUGAGAAAAAUGAUGUUUCGAUUUCUCCGGUCGGUCAGGUUAAACUCCAAAUCACUCAAUUCAUCAAUAUUAUUUGUGAUAUUCAAGUGGAAAGAAUGCCAUUCGACACUCAAUUUUGUUCUUUUCGAAUCGUUUCUCCUCUUCAAUCUCAAAAAUAUACGUUUUUACAAGGACAUCUCGAAAAACAAACGGCUAUGUUUAGGGGAAAUAGUGAAUUUCAUUUGAGCAAUGUUUCCGUGUCUGAAUAUGAUUAUGAAAUGGAUGAGGAUGAAAUGCAUGAGAUAUAUUUCGAGACAGAACUCAUCCGUCGUCCAAAUUAUUUCAUUAUCGUCAUUGUGAUUCCAUCGUUUCUUAUCUCAACGAUGACCAUUACCGGCAUCCUUCUGCCAGUCCAUCAAGGAGUUGGCGGUGAUGCGAUUACGGUCGGAUUGGCAAGUAUGUUAGCGCUAUCAAUAACACUUUCCAUUGUGGCAGAAACACUUCCAAGAACAUCAAAUAUUCCUCUAAUCGGUGCCUAUAUUCUUGCUUGUUUGAUCAUUUGCUCAUUGGCUGUCAUUUUUGGUCUUUUACUCACACAUUUCAAAGUAAAU